UUGCCGCAUCCGCAGACCGCGCUGGUGCAGCUCGGGUGCGGGUCUCUGCGGCAGCUACCUGGACCUCUGCGGCUUUUCCUGCUAACAUGGCUGACUCGGAAAACCAGGCACCUGCGGAGCCCGGGCAGGCGGCGGCGGCCGCGGCGGAGGCAGCAGCGGCGGCGGCGGAGGAGGUAAUGGUGGAAGGCGGUGCGGAGGGGGGAGACUCUGACAGCGCCGCCGGGGAUUCUGACAGCGCGACCGGUCAGACGGCGGAGGAGCCCCAGGCCCCCGCAGAGAAUGCCCCCAAGCCGAAAAAUGACUUUAUCGAGAGCCUGCCUAAUUCGGUGAAAUGCAGAGUCCUGGCUCUCAAAAAGCUGCAGAAGCGGUGCGAUAAGAUAGAAGCCAAAUUUGACAAGGAAUUUCAGGCUCUGGAAAAAAAGUAUAACGACAUCUAUAAGCCCCUGCUCGCCAAGAUCCAGGAGCUCACCGGUGAGAUGGAGGGGUGUGCAUGGACCUUAGAGGGCGAGGAGGAGGACGACGACGAGGAGGAGUACGAGGAGGAGGAUGGGGAGGAGGAGGAGGAGGAGGACGACGACGAGGCGGCCGCGGCGGGGGCCGCCGGCAAGGACGAGGGUCCCCACUCUGCGGCAGCUGAUGACGCCAAGAAAUAAACCAGGGGCCGAGAUUUAAGAGGGAAAGAUGACGAAAACCAACCCCCUACUUUUUAAGACAAAUUACAUCGGUGGACUUUAAAAGGCUCAGGUUUGGGACCCAAAUAUAAUGUGAAUCAAUCCUGACAUUCCUAAAAAUAGAUUAAAUUGAAGCAAUCAGAUCCCGGCCAGCCCAUUUCAAAUUUGAUUUUCAUUUUGGACACAAUGAAUAUACCAAAAGCUGUUGGGGGGGGGAAAAAAAAACGAGUUAAAUUUUUGAUGAUUUUUUUCAUGAUCUCUCUCUUGGGAGGACGAGAACUGAGACGUAUGAAAGGGUGUCAAGACUAUCACGUUGAUCCCAUUCAUCACAUUAUCAUCACGCUACACACGGCGCACCCAGGCCAAGGCUGAACAUGUUCUCAAUGCUUAAUUCUUCAAUUUCUGUAGUCCUCAAAUUUUCCAGUGCAAAAAAGGCAAACCCCGCCCUCCCCCCCCAACCAGUCUCAUCUUUCAGACUUUGCUUUUAUAACCCAGACAUUAGCUUUACAUUUCAGAGAAGAGUGAUGGAGUCGAGGAAGCCUGUGAUGGAGAUCGUGACAUUACUGUUAAUGAAGCCUGCGAAACUGCCACUUCUAAUUCUGAAGAACGUACUGAGUAUUUAAACAUAGAGAAACAACAUGGUUCUGAGAAGGAGGGUGUAGACCUGUAUAAUACUGUCGACAUACGUGUUCAUCCCUUACAAUUUCAUGUUUAUGUGUUUUCUUGGUGGUGUCUGUUUACAAAGAUGUAAAAAUCCCAAAUGUUUAAGUAUUAAAUUCCUUUAUCUAGUGUUUUAGAAGUAUUAAUUUACUUGAAGAUGUAGAACAUAGACAAUUCUGUAAAGCAUGUGUACCCAGUGUUAUGUCAUUUGAUCCUUGUGAAGUCUUUUUGUCAUGUAGCUUUUAGAAUGUAGCUGUGAAAAUUAUCAGAACUCUUCACUGAAGCUAAUAUGUGUGGAAAAAUAUAUACUUGAAGAACCAAUCCAAAUGUGUCCCCACCCCCAGCUCAGAAGUAGAAAGGGUUUACGUUUGCUUGUAUUAGCUGUGCCUUCAUUAUUUUGCUAUGUAAAUGUGACAUAUUAAAUAUAAAAUGGUGCAUAAUUAAAUCUUACUGCUUGAGGAUAGACUGGCAUACAGCUAAGGAUUUUUAAGAAGGACACAUUUAAUGUAAGACUCUUAGCUUCUGUGUGGGUUUUGAAUUGUGUGUGACCCAGCGAUCUAUAAAAGAAACAUAAGCAUAAAAUUGUUUACCACUGUGGUGUUAAUA